AGCAUUGUGAUGGUAGAGAUCAUUUUUACCAUUUAUGCUGUUUUUUUUUUUUCUCAUACAAUUACCUGCAGGUAGAAUGAAGUAAAAAUUGUGGUAAGAGCAAAGCAGAAUAUUUAGGUGGUGGUCGGUGGAAGAAGUUGGUCACUUUUGUUAUGAGGGGAAAUUAGAAUUAUAAGCAGCCUGUUUGAUGCAAACUUGUCCUGGCCGUCUGGCGUUAAUAUUGGCGCAAGUCUCAGUCCUGCAUAACAAUGACACCGUGGGGUGAAGGCGGAGGUUCAUUGCUCAAAUACACUGAUGGUAGAGAGAGAGAGAGAGAGUGCAAAGAGGGAGAGAGUAGACAGCCCCCGGAGGUGUUUGGAGCGGCACAGCCUGAGCUCCUCUGGACCAAAAAAGUUGAGUGUUGGGCUGGUUGUGUUGUUUUAGUGAGGCCGGCAGCGGUGAUCCAGAUGUUGGUUCACUCUUACUGCACAGCGGACCGCCACGACGGCGUCUCCAGUCACAGCUCACGCCUGUCCCAGCUGGGCUCCGUAUCCCACGCGGGGCCCUACUCCAGCGCGCCGCCACUCUCCCACGCCCCUUCAUCGGACUUCCAGCCGCCCUACUUCCCGCCGCCGUACCAGCCGCUCGCACACUACCAGAGCCAGGACCCGUACUCUCACGUCAGCGACCCUUACUCCCUGAACUCCCUUCACCAGAGCCAACAGGGGGCGUGGGGGGCGAGGCAGCGGCAGGAUGCGGCCGGGGAGCGGAUGGACAGCUCGUCUUUGCUGGCCCAGCCUCGGGCCUCGCUGCCUCAGCUGCCUGGGCUGGACCCACGGCGGGACUACGGUGGGGUGAGGCGACCGGACGUGCUGCUGCACUCCGCUCAUCCGGGACUGGAGUCCGGUAUGGGUGACGGACUGUUGCAUGGGCUCCACGGCAUGGAGGAUGUUCAGACCAUUGAAGACGCCAACGGAACCAACAUACUGGAUCAAUCUGUAAUUAAGAAAGUACCCAUGCCCCCCAAGAACAUUGGCUCGUUGAUGCUGGGCAAGGACGGCCUCAUCGGUGGAGUCACCGUCAACAUAAACGAACUGUUCUGCUCGGUACCGGGUCGGCUGUCCCUGCUCAGCUCCACAUCCAAAUACAAAGUGACCGUUGGGGAGGUGCAGAGGAGACUUUCCCCACCCGAGUGCCUCAACGCCUCCUUGCUGGGGGGUGUGUUGAGAAGAGCAAAGUCCAAAAACGGGGGGAAAUGCCUGAGAGAAAAACUGGAGAAGAUUGGAUUGAAUUUACCUGCUGGAAGACGCAAGGCUGCAAAUGUGACGUUACUAACCUCACUAGUAGAAGGGGAGGCCGUGCACCUUGCAAGGGACUUCGGCUACAUCUGCGAGACAGAGUUCCCCACCAAGGCCGUGAGCGAGUACCUCAACCGGCAGCACACCGACCCCAACGAGCUGCACACGCGGAAAAACAUGCUGCUGGCCACCAAACAGCUGUGCAAAGAGUUCACAGACCUGCUGGCCCAGGACAGGACUCCCCUGGGCAACUCAAGGCCCACGCCUAUCCUGGAACCCGGCAUCCAGAGCUGCCUCUCUCACUUCUCCUUUAUCACACACGGCUUCGGUUCUCCCGCCAUCUGUGCCGCGCUCACGGCCCUCCAAAACUACCUCACCGAGGCCCUCAAAGGACUCGACAAGAUGUUCCUCAACAACCCAUCCAACAACCGGCACGGGGACAACAAGGGCGGCGACAAAGAGGAGAAGCAGCGAAAGUGAAACAGUGGCGUUAUUACUUCCAGCUUGCCACACUAACCCGCCGCGCUUUGGGCCUGCAUGAGGUUGAGGCGAAGGAGGAGGAAAUUCAGAGACACAGAAGGAUUGUUCAUCUGUGUUACCUUCUUUCAUUCCCCCGAGGACAUUGCUGGUUGAUGUGUUACAUCCAUUUUGCUCCCCAUACCAGCGUCCUGUGAGACUGAGGUGCGGUGUGCAGCCAACAAACAUUGUGUGUGCGUGUAUGUGUGAGCUUGUGAUUGUCUUCAUGCAGGAAAAGCAUUGUUGGUAUGAAGAGUGUCUGGGUACUACACACAAAUAGGAGGGGGUAAUUUAUGCGUGUAUAUAUUUAUUUAUAUUAAUUUAAAUGGUUGAUUGUGUAAAUAGGUGCCAGCUAUUUUGGAGUAGGCCUAUUUAUCUGUGAUUUGAUCUUUGUGAAGGCUGGAGGUGGGAAGGACUCAUCCAGUGUUUUUUUUUCUCUUCUUAUAGAGCUGUUGUCCUGGUGCUGAUGAUGGGUAGACAUGCUUUGAAUUUGUCCAGUGCUUUCAUUUCUAUCACAUUGAUAAUAAACCAUGUGUUUUAUUACGAAAGGUGUGCUGCAGGCCCCU